AUGGCCCCACACACCGCCAUCUGCAAGCUCGCCACCCCCUCGCACGCCUCCGCCAGAUUCAACAUCCGGCACAUGGUCAGCAUGGGGUCUCUCCCCGCGCGAGUGGGAGGAGGUGCACCGGAGAUCGCCGAGGAGAGCGCUAACGCUGGGCUGCCCGACUACGAGGGGAUUGAUGAUGAGGGGAUCGAGGACGCGUGGGGGGAUGCUGAUCGCCCUCCGCGCGUCGGUGAAGUUCGCGACGCUCAGGAGAAGGGCGGCGAGGAGAUUGCUGCCGCGGAGGCUGAUGCGGCGGCAAGCGUCCGUGCUCCUGACGCGGCUGAUCAGCAGGGCGGUUUGACGCAACGCGCACGGGAGCCCACGAGUACUCCGGCGAGGUGGGCCGCGCGGCAGGCCGAAGAGGAAGAGUCAGCCCACGCUCGAAGCGGCGGACGGGCUCACUUGCGGAGGGGCGCGCAGACGUGCGGACGAAGAGCGGCGGGCGCUGGCUCCGGCUGUGCGCUCUCCGCAGAACCCUCCAGCUCUGGAUCUCGUCCCGCGGAUGGGUCCAUCAUCCCCGACACUACCGCCGCCGACGCCAACGCGCCGACAAAGCGCCGCACUGGAGCAAGCGGCUACGCGAGAACUGCAGAGCGGCUACUGCGGGAAGGCGUGGAAGGCGGCGAGGAGGCGCCUGACGAGGAAGCGGAGGAGGAAGUUGAGAAUGAAGAAAGUGACGGGGGUGACCCUGCUUUUAACCCCGAAAGAGAGGGGAUCUCGGAUGCUGAAGCCGAGGAGGAUGAGGAAGAGGUGGAGCUUCUGCUCCGAGGAGCAGAGUUCCCCGACCUGCAGGCCCGGGGCGAGCCUGCAAACCGAACCACAUUACGAGAUCGAGGUGCGGGGGGAAAUCAAGCAGGAGGGGGAAAUCAAGCCGCGACAGAAGACGGAGUCAACUUUGCAGCAGCCAAUGGGAAUCCUGCAGCCCCAAUUCCAACCCCCCCGAUGCUCAAACCUGACGACCUGGCGAAAAAUUCUGACCUCUUCGCACAGGUUGCAGAUUGGGACCUCGACCCGUUGCGCGACAGGCUGCGCCAGCGCGGUGAGGGAGAGACUAGCAGCAGCAGCAGCACCGCUCCCCCUGCUGGCCCAGAUGGAUCCCCAGCUUAG